UUGCAUUGAAAGUGUUUUAUUGUUUUUAGAUUGUGAUUUCCCUUUUUUUUAAAUUUAUUGCUUAUGUUUUAGGGGUUUUAUUAAUUUUGCCUAAACAGUUAUUUUAUUAAGGAUAAAGUUUUUAAAAAUUCAGUUAUUAUGAGCUUCUUUUGAGCCAAAGAAAAUUGAAAUCCUCCAAUUUUUUUAGUUCUAAUUAAGUGAUUUUAUCUUCAAAAACCAUUAUUAAAUUUAAUUUUGCAUUAAUUACCCAAAAAUGGAUGAUGACUCUGGGAAUGACCGAUCGAGAAGGAAUAAGAGAGACUCUUCAUAUAAAGCAAAAGCUUUCGAAAAGUUCAAGGACUUGAAGAAUAAAAAACUCAAAUAUCAGGUGGAUGAAGUUGAUAAUAUUUUUGAAACGGUUGAUGAAAGGGAAUACACUAAAAGAGUAUUGGAAAGGCAGGAUGAUGACUGGAUUGUUGAUGAUGAUGGCAGUGGAUAUGUUGAAGAUGGCAGAGACAUUUUCGAUGACGAUCUAGAUGCAGAGUCGGUUACAAAGGCAUCUGGCAGCAAAACCAAGUCUGGCAAAAGGAGGAGGGAUGUCUCUGACCAAGGUCCAAAGGGCAACAUUAAAUACAUGUUGGCCAAAAUUAAUCCCAAGAAAAAGGAGGAGACACAAAUUCAAGGAGAUGAUAUGCUGUCGGAACUUUUGGAUGAAAUUGAUGAAAAACCCAAGGAAGCUGUUGUAAAGCCUACCAAGGUGUUUGUACCCAGGAAACAAGUGGUCCAGAAUUAUUUUAAGCAGUUUAAUAAACCUGUGGAUGUUAAGGGGUCUAAAAAGGUUUCUCUGGGCACAGUUAUUGAUGAUGUAGAGAUGGAUGAUGCAGAAAAGAAUGAUUCAGAUUCCACAAAUAAAGACUCAGAAAUCAAACUAAAGCGAGAGCCAGACUCACAACUGAGCAACAACACAAUUUCUCAAAGAUCUGAUCCAGAUCUCGAUAUUCUUGAUGAUGAUUUCAAUGAAAUUGACUGUGAUGAAAUAAUAAAGAAGUCAGAAAGCAAAAAUAGUUGUGAAAUUAAGCCAAAAGAAGAAAUAAAAGAAAUGAAUAAUACUGAAUUAGAACUAGAGAAUAUGGAUGAUGGUUUUGAGGAUCUGUUGAUGAAAAGUGACCUUUUUACUACUUGCAAUGAAAUAACCGAGGCGAAUGAUGUUGAAAUGGAUGCGCCGUUUUCAGGCGACGACAAUAAGGCAUUUAGGUUUUUCUGGUGGGACGCUUUUGAAGAUCCUGAAAAGCAAAAGGGAACUGUGUUUCUUUUUGGGAAAACUUAUUCCACUGAACAAAAAAAAUAUGUAAGCUGUUGUGUGGCUAUUAAAAACGUUGAGAGGCAGAUUUUUCUGCUUCCCACCCCUCACAUUUUGGAUGAUCAAGGGAAGCCAACAGAAGAAACUGUAACAUACAAGGACUUAUAUAGUGAAUUUUCAGAAAUCGCCGAUACGUUCGGCAUUAAGACUUUUAAGGCACGAUUAACACAGAAGAAAUACGCGUUUGAUGUUAGUGUACCUGAAGAGUCAGAUUAUUUGGAAGUUAAAUACUCGGCCAAUUUCCCAAAAAUCAAAAUGGACCUCCUAACCAAACCGCCGAAAACCUUCUCGCGGAUCUUUGGGUCGGACUCCAGUAGCAUCGAACGAUUCCUCAUAAAUAUGAAGAUCAAAGGUCCCGGUUGGCUGGAAAUCAAAAAUCCGGAAUUUAACAAAAAUCCGCUCAGCUGGUGUCAAAUCGAGGUCAACUGUAACUCGCCAAACGACGUCGUUAAGGUGAACAAAAACGUGCCGCCGCCUCCCCUGACCGUUUUAACGGUCAAUUUCCGUAGUCACAUGAAUAAGCCGACCAAUCAGAGUGAAAUUUUGAUGAUCACUUGCGUGGUACAGUCUAAUUAUGCGGUAGAUAAGCGACAACCCGUGCCAUGUUUUGAUCAACAUUUUUGUGUUCUCACUGCACCCUCAAACCGACCACUACCCCCCACGAUUCAUCAAGUUCUAACCAACUACAAAGGCACCAAAGUGCAAAAAAUGAACAACGAACAAGCCCUUUUGAACUACUUUAUCACCCAGUUUCAUAAAAUCGAUCCAGAUCUGGUCGUUGGCCAUAACCUGCACGGCUACCAAGCAGACAUUUUGGCUCAUAGAUUAAUAAAACAUAACAUCAGCACCUUCAGCAAACUGAGCAGAUUAAGACGGGCCCAAAAUAAAAAAUUAGCCAGAGAACUGUUCACUGGUCGACUAGUUGCCGAUGUGAAAAUAUCCGCUAAAGAACUGAUUAAAGCCAGGUCAUACGAUUUAGCUACUCUGUGUCAGCAAGUGUUAAAAAUCCCCGCGGACCUAACAGUUGAACUGGAACCAGAUGAGGUGAUAAAAAUGUUUGAUAACGCUCAAGAUAUCGUGAAGCUUAUUAAUUUGACCAUGCAAGAUACGGCGUAUAUUUUGAAGUUGAUGUACGAUUUGAAUAUUGUGCCUUUGGCGCUGCAGAUUACUAAUAUUGCUGGUAAUGUGAUGUCAAGAACUCUAAUGGGCGGCAGAUCGGAACGAAAUGAAUAUUUAUUACUACAUGCGUUUCACGAAAAAGGCUACAUUAACCCCGACAAAGAGAACAAAUGGAAAGAUCCAGGGAAUGAGGAGGCUAAAACAGACCCUAAAGAACCUAAAGGUUCUAAAAAGAAGCCCACAUAUUCAGGUGGUCUCGUGUUGGACCCAAAAGUAGGAUUUUAUGACAAACUACUACUCCUCAUGGACUUCAAUUCCUUGUAUCCGAGUAUUAUUCAGGAAUACAACAUUUGCUUUACGACGAUUCCGGUGGGACAAAAAACGACGACCCUUGAAAAUGUUGAAUUGCCUGAUAAAAAUGUAGCACCAGGUAUAUUGCCGGUGGAAAUUCGGAAGCUUGUUGACAGUAGAAAACAGGUAAAAAGUCUUAUGGCGAAACCAGAUCUUAGUCCGGACUUAAAAAUGCAGUAUCACAUUCGACAAAUGGCCUUAAAACUGACGGCCAAUAGUAUGUAUGGUUGUCUGGGUUUUGCUAAUUCUAGAUUUUACGCUAAGAACCUGGCAGCCCUCGUAACCUUAAAGGGUCGCGAGAUUCUCGUCAAUACAAAAGACCUCGUCGAAAAAAUGUGCUUCGAAGUCGUAUACGGCGAUACCGAUUCAAUUAUGAUUAACACCAACAUGUACGAUUACGAUCAGGUGCUCAAAACUGGCAUUAAAAUCAAACAGGAAGUUAAUAAAAUGUACAAAAUGGUCGAGCUGGACGUUGAUGGAGUAUUCAAGUAUUUGCUUUUGCUCAAGAAGAAAAAAUAUGCAGCAGUUAUCUUAAGUAAAAACAAAGAUGGGACAUUGAGAGAGGAAAACGAGUAUAAAGGAUUGGAUAUUGUGAGGAGGGAUUGGUCCCAAUUGGCAGCUGAAACUGGAAAAUAUGUUUUGGAACAAAUUCUUAGUAGCCAGUCAGAAGAUGACCGAAUAAGUAAUAUUCAAAGUUACCUGAGCAAAAUCAAAGAUGAUAUGAAGGAGAAUAAGAUCCCGAUUGAUUUGUUGGUGAUAACGAAACAGUUGACUAAAGAUCCACGUCUUUACCCAAGUGCUGAUAGUUUACCUCAUGUGCAAGUGGCUCUACGAUACAACAAAGAACGCGGCGGUCACUUCCGUGCCGGCGACACCGUUUCCUACGUCAUCUGCGAGGACGGUACCACCAAAUCGGCCACUCAACGCGCUUAUCACCCCGAAGAACUAAAACUAAACGAACAACUGAAAAUCGACUCUAAAUACUACUUGGCCAAUCAGGUGCAUCCGGUCGUAACUCGUAUAUGCGGACCAAUCGAGGGACUGGACGCUUACUUUAUCGCGGAACACUUAGGGCUGGACCCCACGUCAUUUAAACGAUCCACCGCUAAUAAACCGACAUUGCCUAUUGGCGAGGAUAUUAGGCGACCCGAGGUGAAGUUCCGUGACGUUGACCAGUUUACUUUUCUUUGUAUGGCUUGCAAGUCUGAAAAUACGGUAUCCAAGCCGGAUGUGGGGUUUUUGGUCGCCUGUAGUAAUUCUGAGUGUAACGUGAAACCUCUGAGCUACAUUUAUAAUAUUAAGAAUCAACUGUAUUUGAGGUGUGGUGAGUACGUGGAGAGAUAUUAUGAAAACAAGUUGGUGUGCGAGGAUAUUACUUGCGGAAAUGAGAUUACUAGUGUUCCGGUGAUGCGUAGAGAGGGGCAUUCCGUUUGUAUGUUAUGCCUCAAUAAUAGAUUAUUGAGGGCAUAUACAGAGAAGCAGUUGUAUAGUCAGCUGAGCUACUUUUCUUAUUUGUUUGACGGGCAGAAUUAUGCUAAGGGUCAACUCUCCGACGAAUCGUUACUUAACGCCGUUAGCCAACUACGUCAGGCUCCUGAAAAGUACCUAAGCGUUUCCGCAUACAUGAAAGUAAACCUGAGCGAAAUAUUUUCGGUCUUAAUGCCUAAUAAAAUUAAUGAAAAUGAAAAAGGGGAUGAAACAGCUGCUCCUCCUGAACCGGAAAUAGAUAUAGAAAUAGAAUGCGAGGAUUGGUCCGAUGCAGAUUAAUUUUAUUUUUGUUUUUAUAAUAUUUUUUUUUGUAAAUAUAAUGUUUUUUUUUAUU